UCCUCUGCUACCGGUGUCAGUUAAGACGACAGUAUUACGCAUUGCCACGGACAGCACAACGCUCAGCACGAUGCAUGACAACCCGGGAUGUCUGCAAGACUUCUGUGUCAAUUACAUAAGUGAUAACCUCGGCCAGCUUUGUGAGUUGCAGGCCGAGCCGGAGGAGCCGUGUUCGCUGAAGCUCGUGUUCCGUGACCCGGACGUCUUCCUCCACCGCAACAUCUCCGAGCGGCUGCUGCGCACCGUCUGCGACAAGGGUCUGUUGGACGACCGCAUGCUGACGCUGUUUGACGCCGCGCACACGACGCUGCGCGCCGCCUGCGUCGACGCCUCUCCCGUGACCGCGGCCGGCGGGCUGCGCGUGCUGCGCGGACACAGGAUCGCGCGGCUCGACGCUCGCGCCACGGCCGUGCCCGUCGCUGACCUCGUCGCCUGCCUCGGCACGUGGUCGCACGCAAACCUGCAGUGCCUCAACCUGAACGGCAGCGCGGCGAUCGACGACACACGCUCGCUCGCCGCCAUCGCCUCGCUGCGCCAUCUGUCGGCGCUGAACGUAAGCGAUACGGAACUCGGCGAUCGCGGGUUGGAAACGAUCGUCGGCGGGUUGCCGCGCCUUGAGAGCAUCGACUUGUCCGGCACGAAGGUGUGCAGCAUCGCUCCUCUGCUGCGCUGCGCCGACCGUCUGCGCUCUCUGUCGCUCUACAAUGUGUCGCUGUCGCACGGCGUCCGCGCCGACGACGUCCUGCGUCAGCUGCGGGAGCUGCGGCACCUCGACGUAUCCGAGCACGUGUCGGCCGUGCAUCCGCUCGUCCCGCCGCCCGCGAAGCAGCGCGUGCAGGGCCUGCUAGAGGAGCCGCACAGCCUGCCACACCUGCAGAGCCUCGAUCUGUCCGGCAACGACGACAUCAACGACGACACGCUCCGGGAAUUCGUCAUCAAUCACAAAAACCUCAGAUUUCUUGGUCUGAUGCUUACAAAUUCCUGUUUCAAGGAAUUUCUCACUGACCCAAAUGAUGUUACCUACAAUCGCCAACUUGUGGUAGCCGGCGAGGCUUCAGAAAGGCAACUACUGGAAGCAUUGAGACGAUACAAAGUCAGGCCCAUGUAUGCACAGAAGGGCUUGUACAAUCUGUUUAGCCUCACUCGUGAACUCACGGAAGAGUUCAAGCGACCUAGACUUGACAUUAUACAGUUGGUGCUACCGGUCAUGGCGAGCCACCCACAGCAGCUAGGAGUGCAGAUGGCUGCUACCGCCUGUCUCUAUAACCUUACAAAGGGAGACAUGGGUAUGAAGGUGCAUCCUCGCUGGCUGAAGCAAGUAGUCGAACUCACAAUGAAAGCAAUGGAGAAUUUUGCAAACCACCAACAGCUGCAGAAGAACUCGCUGCUGACACUAUGCAGUGACCGCAUCCUUCAGGACGUCUCGUUUGACAAGUUCUGCUGCGCGCGGCUCGUCAUGGAGUGUCUGUGCCAUUUUGACGACGCGUCUGUGCAUCGCAUGGCUGUCGCCAUUUGCUCGAUUCUUGCUGCUAAGAUUUCAACAUCUCAGACGUCAAUGCUGGGCUCAAGUCCUCGCUACAUGAGAAAGCUUCUCUCCAUAGUUAAGCAGAAAACAGAAGAGUGUUCCAAGGAUGUCACAAUGACCUUUACACUCAGUGCCCUCUGGAAUCUGACAGAUGAGUCACCGGGUACCUGCAAAGUAGUUUUGGAAGAAGAUGGACUGAACCUGUUCAUGAACGUUCUUCGGACAUUCUCUAAGGAAAAGGCAGUGGAAACAAAAGUUCUAGGUUUGGUGAGCAAUCUAGCUGAGGUGAAAGAACUCAGAAAAGACUUGAUGAGAGAUGACUUUAUGGGUUUUAUCAGUGACUUGCUGCUCUCCGAGCACAUCGACGUCAGCUACUUUGCAGCAGGCAUCUUAGGACACAUGAUCAGUGACGGUGCGGAGUCCUGGACGCUCUCUCUGCCGCUACAGGAGGUGCUCGAUCGACUGGGUGAGCGUGUGUGUGGGUGGAAAAAUCCACAGGGCGAAAUGGUUGCGUAUAGGUCGUUUAAACCAUUCUUCAGACUGCUGGGAGUGGACAUCCCCUGGCAGCUACAUCUGUGGGCCGUAUGGGCCAUAUACCAUGUCUGUUCGAAAAACCCUGAGCGCUUACACUGCUUGUAGUGUUGAGAGUGAGGGUGGGUCCGGCGCA